GUGGAAGUGGCUGUGGACAGAAGAACGCGGGCAUUGUGAGGUUUCGUGGAAAUUGAUUAUAUCCGAGCAAAAAAACAUAUUUCUUCGUCCUUGGGGCUAAACUAUUGUGUUUACCUUCCUUGGGAACCGUUCAGUGGGUUUUGGUAGCAGCUAUGGCUACUGGCGGAAACACAGGACCGGUGGUUGGUGAUGUCGAGGAGGAUGCUUCCCAGCUAAUCUUCCCUAAAGAAUUUGAGAAUGCAGAGACACUGCUAAAUUCAGAAGUCCACAUGCUGUUAGAACAUCGCAAGCAACAGAAUGAAAGUGCAGAGGACGAGCAAGAACUCUCCGAGGUUUUCAUGAAGACCCUCAACUACACUGCACGAUUCAGCAGAUAUAAAAACAGAGAAACCAUAGCCAGCGUCCGGAGCUUGUUACUACAAAAGAAGCUGCACAAAUUUGAGCUGGCGUGCCUGGCUAACCUGUGCCCCGAACCAGCAGAGGAGGCUAAAGCCUUGAUUCCCAGUCUGGAAGGCCGCUUUGAAGACGAGGAGCUGCAGCAGAUUCUGGAUGACAUUCAUGUCAAGAUGAGUUUCCAGUAUUAGGAAGCCCAGGGGCCGUAUGUAUUCCAUAAAGGUGGUUUAGUGGCCAACCCAGGGGUGCAUUUCUCCACACCGUAGUUGCCAACUUCGUUAGCUACUUUGUUGUUUGCAAUGCAAUUUCCCAUUGGCAUCUACACAAGUUGCUAACUGGAUAGCAACUAAGCUUUUGAGAAAUGCACCCCAGGUUAGUUAACUCAGAGGUUGCAAACCUUCUAAUAGAAGAGACUGAAGAGGUUCAUUCUUCAUUCAAAACGAGGACUCAGAGCUCUUGUAUUGCAAGAUUUACAGCUUGUGCUUGGUUAAUAUAACCAGGUGAGUCACUGAACCUGCUUUCUGGAAAUUCCCACCGGUAUUUCUUGUUCCAUGGUAUUUGUAUUUUAUAACAUUAAGAGGCUGCUUGCCAUCACAACCACCAACAAAAAACUCUGAGACUCAUCAGCGGACAUCAUCAGGAGAAUGGACUGGUUUUGGACACAAAAUAUACUCCUGCUGGGUCUAGACAGACCUGUGUGUAAAUAGAUCCUUUUCAGAUUUCAGUCUUUCAGCCAAUCUAAGUUUGUAUUUUUUGUCCUCUUUUUGUGUGUGAUUUUGUUUUUGUAGGUUUGGGUUAAUAAAAAAAGCUACAGACAGCACUUCAAAA